AUGGUCUUCUCCUCGAGGGUUUUCUGCUUGGCGACGCUCGCAUCGAGUUACGUCGCAGCUCCUACUGCCGCUGAAGCUGUCGCACAGCCGCUCCCAUGGGACGGCCGCGGCUUUGACCUGACGGUGGACACGCUCGAGGACAAGUACAUGACCCACAUUCUCACCAUGCGCAACAAUAAGGAGGACGGGAAGCCGUCGGACUACGUCACGAUCGACCAGAAGGGCCGCUCGCCCGCGUACAAUGGCGACACGGGCGUCAUCAACGUCGCCGUGGACGCUAAGGCCAUUUUCAAGACGCAGAAGGACUUUCGUCGCUCGGAACUCGUGCAGAACAUCAGUUCCAAUGCUCAGGGCACGACGUUCUUCCGAACGAGUAUGAUGAAAGAAGAGGCGUUCCUGAACCCGUAUGCGUGGCAGGCGAUCUUCACCGAGUCGCACAUCUUUGAGAUCCGCGUGGACGCCAGCAAGAGCCCCGCGAAGCUCAUCUACCUCAACAACGGUACGUGGGACCCCAAGUGGGAGACUGAGUUCGUGCCGGGCACGUGGUACAACUUUGGCUUUGCCAUCAGUGCUGCUGCCGCGGGCAAGGGCUCCGUGGUCAAGUUCUACAUGAGCGAAGGUGACAAGGACUUGGCUCUCACGAAGACCCACGAAGUGGACACGGAGUUUCCGCCGUGGCACGAGUUCCACUUCGGGCUUCUGACCCUCUCGGACGACAAGAGCGAGCCCAAGAUGAACGCCAAGCAGGACAUCAUGUCGUUCAAUGGCGUGUCAGUCGAAGAUGAAGUGGUGACGGCUGCUACGAUCUCGGCUUCUGGAGCUGCCGGCGGCAAAGCGCCUACCACACAGGGCGAGACGGUGGUGAAAUCUACCGCCGGAGGCAUGGCGUCGCUCGCGGGUAACUGUGCGACCAAAAAGUAA